CCUCGGUCCUCUUCCUGUAAAUCGAAGCAAAGCAACUGAGGAAAUGUCUUUGGAAGGAAGCAUGUGUCCUCUAACCUGCCUAUGAAAUACAAUGGGAACUCCCUGCCUCCUGCCGAACACCAGAGAACAAACUGCACACUGCCAAAAGCGAAGCUACAAAGACGACAACAACAGAAAUUAGGUCAAUAUAGAGGCAACCCCUGCUGAUCCUGCUACAGCUUGAUAGAACAACUAGAUGUAGACAGAACUGUAAUAGUGUCACGGGUGUUAUUGGAUAACAUUGUUGUGUGUAAUGGGGGAAUGUAUGUUGGACCUCUAUGGUGAAGAUGGUUUUCAAAGUGGUGAAGGGUUUGACGAAUGGUCCACGUUCAGUUCUGCGGACUGGACAGAACCCCAGCAAGAUGACAAAGGGUUUUCAGACUUGGGCGGAUUACAGGACAAAACCAGGAAAGAGGAAUUAUCAGCCAUACCUGUGACAGAAACAGGAACUUUCGAGUUUCCUGAAAGGGCUGAAAAUGGAGACAAGGUAAAUCCCUGGUUCAUUUUUAAUGACUGCUUUCAAGUUGAGGAGGGAGAGAAAAACCUUAUCAUGAUGGAAAUCCCUACAUUGUCCCAGCUACAUCAGAGCACAUUACACAUGCCCUCUCAGUCUGCAGCAAUAUCAAGCCAAGCUGCACAUUUCUGGUGUCAUCUACAGUCUGGGUCAAAGAUUCUGAGACUGUCAGGUCCCAAACCUAAACUAUACUCCCAUGAAGGACUGGUCAAAUCCCUGCAGCUCAGACACCCGGACGCAAGCACUGACUCACAGACCACAACUCUGUCUGAUCUUGAACUAGAACAUCCAGAAGACCCUCCUGGAGCUCUUAUUCAAACCAAGCUGAUGCCAUCAUCCCACUGUCAAAACUCUCCAGGAUUCUUCUACCAGAUCUCACGCCAGUGGCUCAGCCAGUACAGCAUGAACCUGCGGCCCAACCAGCACAAGAAAGAUCCUCUGCAAUAAACAUCACAUGUACACACACACAUAUACACAAAUAUAUCCCGGAAAAGCCAGCUUGACAAAAGCACAGGGACGUUCUACUAUGCACACUAGCUCAGGAAGAAUAUCCUAACUUACUUGACAUACACACUUACUACUAACGUAAAUAAGAGGCUGUUAACAGAAGCAUUAGAACAGAACUAACAAGUGCCUAAUAAGAACAAAAUCACUGUAAACCUCAAGUAUAGGCAGUUAACAGCCAUAUCAUUAUUUAUAUAUUCAAUUUUCUGUUGCUGCCUAAGCUCAUUGCUUACUGUUCUUAAAUCUAUGUUAUUUUUAUUGUGAACUGAUAUCUUAAAUGUUUGAAUGUAUUUGGUAUAUUUAUAUUGGAAAUAUUUAAACAAGAAUAAAUGAAUAUACAGCUCUAA